UCUUCUACUUCUUUUUCAGUCCUUCACUUUCUUCUCCCUCGUCCUGUGCUCUUGCAAUGGCUGUCAGCUUGUCAAAGUUUCUGAAAUCCUACGGCUAUGAUCUGCUCUUGGGUUCUAUUGCUGCAUUUUAUGUCUUCACAGUGCCAUACACUAAGGUUGAAGAAAGCUUCAACGUUCAGGCAAUGCAUGACAUUCUAUAUCAUCGGCAUCACAUAGAUAAAUAUGAUCAUUUGGAGUUUCCUGGAGUGGUUCCUCGCACUUUUCUUGGUGCAUUGCUUGUAUCUACCUUGGCAUCUCCAGUCAUAUUGAUGAUAAACUUGCUGCACUUCCCAAAGCUUUAUGCUCUCUUUGCAGUUCGCAUGGCUUUAGGUUGCAUUGUACUAUCUACUUUACGCUUUUUCCGUCUUCAGGUCAGAGAUAAGUUUGGACAACAAGUAGAAGCGUUCUUUGUAAUAUUAACGACACUUCAGUUCCAUUUGCUGUUCUACUGUUCCCGUCCUCUUCCUAAUAUAUUUGCUUUGGGAGUAGUCAACUUGGCUUACGCAUUUUGGCUCAAGGGGAAGUUUUAUUCCGCUUUAAACUCUCUGAUUUUUGCUACAGUUGUCUUUAGAUGCGAUAUCCUAUUACUUAUUUGUCCCCUUGGCUUGGAGCUAUUGUUGACUAAAUCAAUUUCAAUAUGGGAUACACUGAAAUACUGCGUCUGGUUUGCUCUGGUUUGCAUAGGUCUUACCAUAUUGAUUGAUUCAAUUUUGUGGAGAAGGUUAUUGUGGCCUGAAUUUGAAGUUUUUUGGUUCAACUCUGUUCUGAAUCGAAGCUCUGAGUGGGGUACACAUCCAUUCCACUGGUACUUCACUUCAGCACUUCCCCGCUCAUUGCUAGCUGCAUACCCUCUUUUUCUGCUUGGGGUCUUCCUUGAUAGAAGGGUUCCAUUAUUCAUUCUUCCUGUUUUCUCUUUUGUUUUACUUUACUCCAAGCUUCCUCACAAGGAGCUCCGUUUUAUUAUUAGCUCAGUUCCAAUCUUCAACUUAUCUUCUGCAAUCGCUGCUAAUAGAAUCUAUAACAAUAGGGAAAAAAGUUUUUGGAAGUUGCUCUAUUUUAUGAUGCUCGGGUUACUUUUAGUCAGUCUAGGAUGCACUGCUAUAACCUUCAUGGCAUCCUAUGAGAAUUACCCCAGUGGUCAUGCUUUGAGAAAUUUGCAUCAAAUUGGUCAUCUUGCUAACCAUACAAAGGAAAAAUGGGUACAUAUUGAUACAUAUUCAGCAAUGAAUGGAAUAUCUCGUUUUUGUGAAAAUGACUUUCCAUGGAGGUACUCUAAAGAAGAAGAGAUUCCUCUGGGAGAAAUGUUCCAGAGAAAUUUCACCUACCUUAUAACAGAGCAUCCUGCUGUGAAUGGAUUCAAAUGUCUAUUCACUGUUGAUGGGUUCUCAAAAGCUCGUUUUCAACAUGGAUUCCCACCUAUUUCAGUGGUCAGAGAGCCCAAAGUUUAUGCUCAUGGAAAUGUAAUUAAUGAAGAUGUUAUGAAUAGAAAUUGGCCGGGAUGUUCAUUGUAGUUUUGGUUUGAAACUCGAGUACUACAAUAUGCUUUGGCUACACCUUCCAACUCAUAAAAUGGCAGGUCAAGAAUGGUAUUACUCUGGAGAUUGCCGUUUGAGGGAUCAUCUCCUUUCGUCAUAAAAAUAUUCAUUCUUAGAGUUAAGAGUGAAUCCAAUAUCAAAUCUGUGUAAUACUAAUAGGUGUUUCAAGUGAUCCCCAAAUUUGAAUUGGAGCAUAUGCAAUUUUUGAGUGAGUUUUGUUGUUUUGUUUUAAUGUUCUCUGACAUUAUCUAUGCCCAAUUUUGGAUGGUUCUUUUUCUUUCUUUUUUGAGCAAUGAAUUCAGACUUAGUUAUUUAGAAAACGAAGAAUUUUCUGCUUGGAUUUGUUUAAUGUGUUUUUCAUUACCCUUUGUUUGAA